AUGAAACUACUCACUGGCACACAACACCUAUUUUACAAAAAUAUUAGAAAGUCCCAAAUAAAUCCUAAACGAAGAAGACUAACCACAAUGAACAUAGCAAUGACUCAAUACACAAUAUGCGACAUCAACGGAGAAACCCCCACAAGCAACCAAAUCUGGCUAUUGAUCAGAGCCAGAGAAAUUCCAACAAGUGUUCCAGGUUUUCUAUGGAAAUGUGAAUUCUGGGACAAAAUCCCCCACUGUGAAAACAGAGGCAAAUGUGGCUUAUGUGACUCACCUGAAUCUAUGGAACAUAUCCUUCUCGACUGUGACAAUUCAUCCACGUCUCGCAUUAUCUGGAAAGCAGCGAGUGACCUAUGGUGCAAGAGAGAGCCAAACUGGCCAGAAAUUCGCUUUGGAAUGAUCCUAAGGUGUAACCUAGCGACCUUCAGUAACACGAAAGGAAAAACGAAAGUGGGCGCAACAAGACUGUUCAAAAUCCUAGUGACAGAAUCAGCACAUUUAAUAUGGAAAAUUAGAUGCCAAUGGACCAUCAAGUAUGGUGGAGAUAAAGAAAAAUAUCACUCUGAUACCGAAAUUAUAAACAGAUGGAUCCAUGCCAUUAACAUGAGACUAAAAUUCGACCAGCUGCUCACCGACUCAACGAGAUACGGGAAGAAAGCUAUCAAAAUAGACACAGUCCUACAGACUUGGAGCGGCCUCCUAAAGAACGAAGACAGCCUUCCAGAUAACUGGAUCCGACAAGUGUGCGCUAAGCAAACUCAGUAG